AUGCCUCCGGCGCCACGACAAGCGCGGCGCGUGACAUCCGACUGGUCGCACGAGCCGACGGCGACAGUGGAGGAUCUCAGAGAGUUUCGCAAGGAGGCUCGCCGCUUGCCAGACGGCGAUGAUGUGGACACUGGUGAUUUAGUCGUGGUCACUGAGCCUUCGCGAAGUUGGCAUGGCCGAGUCUGCCUCACCGAAUAUGCAGAUGCCGGACCCGCGUUGUGGCUGAAGAGGGUGGAGGACGUGCAGCUCUCGCCCGGCAAUCUGUCUGUGGAUGUCUGCACGCUUCCCAAGAAAGGCCGCGAGCGCGAAGCCCAGAUACUGAAGCUCUGCGAUGUCGUGCGACUGCCAUGGCCGGCCAUGCGCAGGCCGCCAAAGCCCAUGACGGAGCAGCACCAUCUGCGUCAGGACUGGGAAAAGCUCUCGGACAAGCGCUUCAGUCCUGGGAGGCUCCCGGCGGCCUGGGACAGCAUGGAUGGCCCUUCCCGGCGCAAGUAUCGAAGCCUCUCUGCAGCGGCCAUUGAGGUGCAUCAGCAGAUUUCCCACUGGCGGCUUCGAAUGCAUGCCCUGCUCAAG